AUGUUUUCUUUCUCCCCGGCAGAUAUCAGAAUAAUCAUUCAUGGUUUGAAACCAUUCUUCGUUUCAAGAUAUGAUCCCAUUAACAGAUCAAAGCUCGAAAAUCCCCGAUUUAUUGGUGUAACGCCAAUUGCAUUUUUUCUUACUUAUACACACUAUGUAUUAAGACACACAAGUGUUCAUACGACUGUUUACUCCACUCCACUCCAUGCAAAUUGUUAUAUGCUCUUAAACCAUCGAGUAGAUCCUAAUACACAACCAAAUCUGAACCCUUCAAAAUGGGGUUUCUUGGUCCAACAGAAUGGAUUAAUAAAUGUCACAGAUUUUUUUUCAGAACAUGCCCUUUAUAUCGGUUUUAUUUACACUUUUAUCGAACGCGCUUUCACUUUGCAUCUUUGCAUGAAUGAGGCUCCUAUUGAUAAUUUUCAAUAUAAAGUGACACACAAUCAGGAUAUCAGAACGUUUGGUAAACAUGUCACACUUAUAGAAAACGCUAUGGUUUAUACACAGCACUUUUUCCAAUUAGUUAUUAUGUCUUCUGUUACUAUAAACAAGAUGGGCCCUCGCUAUUUAAUAAACUUUAUGACUAUAAUAUACGUUGUGUCUCUCAAAUACGUCCCAAAAGCCACAACGCCGGAAGGAGGCUUCUUAAUAUACGUAUUAUAUUUUAGAAAAGUAUACUCAUAUAAUGUUGCAACCAAUGAUAGUAUGGCUUGCUGUUACACAGGAUAG